GCGCAGCUUUAUUCUAAUUUUACUGUGUUAAAUUUCUGUUGUUUUAUGUGUUCCAUUUGCAUAAUGAAAUUAUUGAAACAAAAAUUUUACGAUGAGUCAAAGGAAAAUUUUAAUCCAACGACAUCAGUGCGGCGAUGGGGGAAGUAUCUGCGAACUCAGCGUGCCUGAAAAAGUGACAGACGUAAAUAAAAUAAAAUGGCUUUUCAACUAGAUGAUUUAUUGAAGGACGACAAAAAAGAUGCAAAUUUAAUACCAGAUUUAAGUAAAGCUACUUGCAACUCUCAAGAAGAAUUUCGCAGACUCAUGGAACGAUGUCCUGAAUAUAAAAUCAAAGCGGAAAAAGUGAAGAAAGAAGACAUUCGAGUGAGGGACAAGGAUUUUUCAUGGCGAGCGACGAAACGUGAAUUAAAAUCAAUUGGAAAGGAAUGGGGCUAUGGAGAUCCAAUUCCUCCUGAUAUGAAAUCAUUGAAUCUUCAAGAAUUACAACAAGUUGCUAUUGAUUGGAGAAUGCUGACUUCUGUUCGACCCAAACUCCGUCAAGACGAGGAAAUGUUCUCCAAACUGGUGGAAAUGGGAAAAUUAGCAGUAAAAACAUCGGCGAAAGAAAAUCGUGCCCACAUAACUCCAAUAAGAAGAAAUAAAAAUAGAGCCGGCAUUAUUGAGAGUAGCGUGAAAAUAUGUGGCGAAUGUGGUGAAGAAUUUUGUUCCGGUGAAUCGUGUGGUGAUAUUCUUUACGAUUCAUUUAUCAGAGUCACUGUAACGCCACAACAAUCAAAAAUAACAGUUUCAGCCGAUACUGCGGCAAUAAUUGCCGGAAUGGACAGUAAAUCCGGUGGUAAAAAGGGCAAAAAGAGUAAGAAUAAAGGAACUGCGAAGCACACUGGUAAUAAUAAUUCAAGGAAAAAUGUCAAAUUAUUAAUACGUCGAAGAGUUAGAAAACCGGCGAAAAGUCCACGUGAAGCGCACAAUAAAACACGAAAAAAUCAAAUGACAAAACCAAAUGACAAGGAGACUGAAGAGAGUGGUGUUAAAAAGUUCAAGAGAAAAUGUAGCAAAUAUUCUAAAAAAGGAGGUCUAUCACCAAAAUAAUUAGGUUUGUUUUGGAAAUUUUAUUUUCGUUAAUAUUUAAUUAUCGUUGUUUAAUUAUCGUUAUAUUCAAUUAUAGUUAUAUUCAAUUAUAAUUCUAUUCAAUUAUAAUUUCAUUCAAUUAUUAUAUUUAAUUAUAAUUAUAUUCAAUUAUAGUUAUGUUUAAUGACAGUUAUAUUUAAUUAGAGUUGAUUAUAUUUAAUCACAGUUAAUUAUAUUGAAUUCGUUAAAUUCUAUUAUAAUAAUUUAUAUAAAUUGCAGUAUUAUUAAUAAUUUGUUUUCUAUUUUCUACAUAUAGUUGAACGAUUUUGUACAUAUAUAUUAUACCAGUAUACUGUUUUUUACAAUUUUAUUUGUAAUAUAUACCGUUUUGUUAAAUAUUUUACUGUUGAAGAAAUGUGCAAUCAAAAUGUAAGGCAGUAUUUAUUAACAUGUACAGUUGACAAUAUGAAAACAUAUUCCAUGUUAUGAACAAUAAA